CUGGCGUCUGGACGGACCAGAGGGACUGCAUAUGCAAAGCCUUGCUUCAUAUUAAUGAGCUCCAAUCGUGGCUUUAAGUCCUUGAUUAGAAGGGUGCAAGAGCUUUUGGUCCCAACUGGCUGUGCCUAUAGGCUUGUCACCGGGAGAGCUGUUCUCUUAAUUGCAGGCGCUCUGUCAGGAAAAGAGAGAGGAGGAAAAAAAAGAAACUUUGAUUUAUAGAGGGGGUUUGCUCAAAUUAUGGUGGCAGAGCGCACAUGGAUUCGGUAGAACUUUCCCUUCCUGAGUGUUUCUCCCUGCACUCUGAACAAGAGCUCCUUUGCAGAAUGUCAAGCAAGGACCGUCAUAUUGAGUCGAAUUGCCCCUCCUAUAUCAAGACGGAACCGUCCAGCCCUGCUUCCCUCGCUGACAGCGUCAACCAUCACAGCCCCGGUGGGUCUUCGGACGCCAGCGGCAGCUACAGCUCCACCAUGAAUGGGCACCAGAACGGCCUGGACUCCCCCACGCUGUACGGUCCUGCAGGCGGCCUGGGCCCCAACGUGGCCGCCUCCAAGCGCUACGAGGACUGCUCCAGCACCAUGGCCGAGGAUUCGCAGAUCAAAUGCGAGUACAUGCUCAACUCCAUGCCCAAGCGCCUGUGCCUUGUUUGCGGCGACAUCGCGUCCGGCUACCACUAUGGCGUGGCCUCGUGCGAGGCCUGCAAGGCCUUCUUCAAGAGGACCAUCCAAGGAAACAUUGAGUACAGCUGCCCCGCCACCAACGAAUGUGAGAUCACCAAGCGCAGACGGAAGUCCUGCCAGGCCUGCCGCUUCAUGAAGUGUCUCACCGUGGGCAUGAUGCGGGAAGGUGUGCGACUCGACAGAGUACGUGGAGGCCGGCAGAAAUACAAGCGCCGGAUAGAUGCUGAGAACAGCCCCUACCUGAAUCCUCAGCUGGCCCUACCCCCUAAAAAGCCAUUCCCCUUUGGCUGCCUUGCAGAUAACAAGAUCGUGUCCCACCUGCUGGUGGCAGAGCCAGAGAAGAUCUACGCCAUGCCUGACCCCACCGUCCCUGACAGCGACAUCAAGGCCCUGACCACGCUGUGCGACCUGGCCGACCGCGAGCUGGUGGUCAACAUCGGCUGGGCCAAGCACAUCCCGGGCUUUUCCACACUUUCACUGGCAGACCAGAUGAGUUUAUUGCAGAGUGCAUGGAUGGAGAUAUUAAUUUUACGAGUUGUGUACCGCUCGCUGUCCUUUGAGGACAAGCUCGUGUACGCCGAAGACUACAUCAUGGACGAAGAUCAGUCUAAGCUCGCUGGCCUGCUGGACCUCAACAAUGCCAUCCUGCAGCUGGUCAAGAAAUACAAGAGUAUGAAACUGGAGAAGGAAGAGUUUGUCACCCUCAAAGCUAUUGCGCUUGCUAAUUCAGACUCCAUGCACAUAGAGGAUGUGGAGGCAGUGCAGAAGCUCCAGGACGUGCUGCACGAGGCCCUGCAGGACUACGAAGCCGGGCAGCACGCCGAGGACCCGCGGCGGGCUGGCAAGCUACUGAUGACCCUGCCCCUGCUCCGACAGACCGCCACUAAGGCCGUGCAGCACUUCUACAGCAUCAAGCAGGACGGCAAGGUGCCCAUGCACAAACUCUUCCUGGAGCUGCUAGAGGCUAAGGUGUGACUCCAAGCUCCCAGCCCCACCUCCUCCACCCACCGUGUCUCCUUUUCCCAAGAGAUCGACCGGAGGUCUUUGGCCCCCACGGCUUCCUCCACCACCUCCACCAAGAAGAUACAGACUCUCUUUCACCAACAGCGGGACCUCGUCUUUCAACUGUAAUAAAUAACAACAUAACGACAGCAGGCG